CACUGACACAUUAGGCAUAGACCAUGAAGAUGAAGUCUUCUCUCCCACUCAGCUCAAAGGCUCAUACUUUCGGCUGUAUAUCUUUGAUUCUUCGAAGAGUUCUCUGUUCCGGUACCUCUUCGACGUACCCAUCUGAUCAAAUCACUGAGCCGGGUUACAAUUCUCCUGAUUUCGGCUCCGAACCACCCAGAGCCAGAGGAGAUGAGCCAGGAGCUGUGGCGAGGCUCAUGGGUUUGGAUUCAGUUCCCGUAAUUGACAAAACCAGAGUCGUCUUAAGGAGCCGUUCAGUGAAUUCAGUUGGUGAUUUGGAGAGAGACAACGAUGAGGUUCAGGGAAAGCAUAGAAGAGUAAAGUCCACACUGGAUUCGCACAAGCUUUUGGAGUAUGUUGAGAUUGAAGACGAUAAUUUCUUCAUUCUCAGCUUCGAGAAGGAUAAAAAUGAGAAGGUUUUUGGAGAACUGAAUCAGCUGGGGACAAGAAAAUGUAAGAAGAGACGAGAAACGAGAGAGAGUCAGAAGGAAACAGAGAAUCAAACACGCAUAGUAGAGGGUAAAGAGAACGACAUGAACGCCAUGAACGUUUCACCAGGACGCGAGAGGCUUGAGGUUGGAGAAUUGAAGCAACGUAGAAAGGAGAAACGUAAGAACAGAAGAAAAGCAAGAAGAAUUAAGUUGAGACAGAACAUAGAGAAGGAGAAUAUGAUCGAGAGCUAUGGUCGCUGGUCCAGAGAUGGAGAUUUAGCCAAUUGUGAAGUGAGGUCAACGAAAGAAGAGUGUGGAAGCUGCGAUGAUUGGAGCCCUGUCUCGGUUCUUGAUUAUGAUCGGUGUGCUGGUUUUCGAGUAACCCCAUCACCAGGGAACACUUCAAGAAGACGGUUAUCUUCGGAACUAGAAUCAAGUAAGAGUAAUGAAACAAUUCAAGAAGAUCACAUCGCAUUAACCAACAGACCAAGAGAGUCCGAAGUCCGACUUUAUGGCUACCAAGAGAUGUGGCUCAUGAUUUGCAGUCUCACUGUAUCUGAGCUUGAAGGGUCUAAUUGGGUUUACGGAAAAGCUUCAAAGCUCGAAGAUCUAGAAGAACUCAUAGGCGAAGAUAUUGUCUCAAAUAUCUUAGAUCAACUCUUAGAAGAAACAAUUACAACACUUUCCCUAACUUCACAAGUGUAAAGAAAUUUCAAUUCUGUCUUAUAAUUAUACUUUCAAGUCUU